GCCGCAGCAGCCGCAGCAGCGCCCUGGUUCCUGAGCCCCCGCAGGCUGCAGGCGUUGCUGGCAGUCCAUGCUCGUAGAGGAAGUGUGCAGAUGGGAUUAACGUCCACAUGGAGAUAUGGAAGAGGACCGGGGAUUGGCACCGGAACCAUGGUCAGCUGGGGGCGCUUCAUCUGCCUGGUCGUGGUCACCAUGGCAACCUUGUCCCUGGCCCGGCCCUCGUUCAAUUUAGUUGAGGAUACCACAUUAGAGCCGGAAGAGCCACCAACCAAAUACCAAAUCUCUCAACCAGAAGUUUACGUGGCUGCGCCAGGGGAGCCGCUAGAGUUGCGUUGCCUGUUGAAAGAUGCCACCGUGAUCAGUUGGACUAAGGAUGGGGUACACUUGGGGCCCAACAAUAGGACAGUGCUUAUUGGGGAAUACUUGCAGAUAAAAGGCGCCACACCUAGAGACUCCGGCCUCUAUGCUUGUACUGCUGCUAGGACUGUAGACAGUGAAACUUGGUACUUCAUGGUGAAUGUCACAGAUGCCAUCUCGUCCGGAGAUGACGAAGAUGACACCGAUGGCUCUGAAGAUUUUGUCAGCGAGAACAGUAACAACAAGAGAGCACCGUACUGGACCAACACAGAAAAGAUGGAAAAGCGGCUGCAUGCUGUCCCUGCAGCCAAUACUGUCAAGUUUCGCUGUCCAGCUGGGGGGAAUCCAACACCAACUAUGAGGUGGCUGAAAAAUGGAAAAGAAUUUAAGCAGGAGCAUCGCAUUGGAGGCUAUAAGGUCCGAAACCAGCACUGGAGCCUUAUUAUGGAAAGCGUCGUCCCAUCUGACAAAGGGAAUUAUACGUGCGUGGUGGAGAACGAACACGGGUCCAUCAACCACACAUACCACCUUGACGUUGUGGAGCGAUCGCCACACCGGCCCAUCCUCCAAGCUGGCCUGCCAGCAAAUGCCUCCACAGUCGUCGGUGGCGAUGUGGAGUUUGUCUGCAAAGUUUACAGCGAUGCCCAGCCCCACAUCCAGUGGAUCAAGCACGUCGAAAAGAAUGGCAGCAAAUACGGGCCCGAUGGGCUGCCCUACCUCAAGGUUCUGAAGCACUCGGGGAUAAAUAGUUCCAAUGCAGAAGUGCUGGCUCUGUUCAAUGUGACUGAGGCGGAUGCCGGGGAAUAUAUAUGUAAGGUCUCCAAUUAUAUAGGGCAGGCUAACCAGUCUGCCUGGCUCACUGUCCUGCCCAAACAGCAAGCUCCUGUAAGAGAAAAGGAGAUUACAGCUUCCCCAGACUACCUGGAGAUAGCCAUUUACUGCAUAGGGGUCUUCUUAAUCGCCUGUAUGGUGGUGACAGUCAUCUUGUGCCGAAUGAAGACCACGACCAAGAAGCCCGACUUCAGCAGCCAGCCAGCUGUGCACAAGCUGACCAAGCGCAUCCCCCUGCGGAGACAGGUUUCUGCCGAGUCCAGCUCGUCGAUGAACUCCAACACUCCCCUGGUGAGGAUAACAACGCGCCUCUCCUCGACAGCAGACACCCCCAUGUUGGCAGGGGUCUCUGAGUAUGAACUGCCAGAGGAUCCAAAGUGGGAGUUUCCAAGAGAUAAGCUAACGCUGGGCAAGCCCCUGGGGGAAGGUUGCUUUGGGCAAGUGGUCAUGGCAGAAGCUGUGGGAAUCGACAAGGACAAACCCAAGGAGGCAGUCACCGUGGCAGUGAAGAUGUUGAAAGGUGAGUCGGGAGGCAGGNNNCUUUCUGAUCUGGUGUCGGAGAUGGAGAUGAUGAAGAUGAUUGGAAGACACAAAAACAUCAUAAACCUUCUUGGAGCCUGUACACAGGAUGGGCCACUCUAUGUCAUAGUUGAGUACGCCUCGAAAGGCAACCUCCGAGAGUACCUCCGAGCCCGGAGGCCUCCCGGGAUGGAGUACUCCUAUGACAUUAACCGCGUUCCCGAGGAGCAGAUGACCUUUAAGGACUUGGUGUCGUGCACCUACCAGCUGGCCAGAGGCAUGGAGUACUUGGCUUCCCAGAAAUGUAUUCAUCGAGAUUUAGCAGCCAGAAAUGUUCUGGUAACAGAGAACAAUGUGAUGAAAAUAGCGGACUUUGGACUGGCCAGGGACAUCAACAAUAUAGACUAUUACAAAAAGACCACGAAUGGGCGACUUCCGGUCAAAUGGAUGGCUCCAGAAGCGCUUUUUGAUAGAGUGUACACUCAUCAGAGUGAUGUCUGGUCCUUCGGGGUGUUAAUGUGGGAGAUCUUCACUUUAGGGGGCUCGCCCUACCCAGGGAUUCCCGUGGAGGAACUUUUUAAGCUGCUGAAGGAAGGACACAGGAUGGAUAAGCCGGCAAACUGCACCAAUGAACUGUAUAUGAUGAUGAGGGACUGUUGGCAUGCGGUGCCCUCCCAGAGGCCAACGUUUAAGCAGUUGGUAGAAGACCUGGAUCGGAUUCUCACGCUCACAACCAACGAGGAAUACUUGGACCUCAGUCAGCCUCUCGAACAGUAUUCACCUAGUUACCCUGACACAAGGAGCUCCUGUUCUUCAGGAGAUGAUUCUGUUUUUUCUCCAGACCCCAUGCCUUAUGAACCAUGCCUUCCUCAGUAUCCACACGUAAACGGCAGUGUUAAAACAUGAAUGGACGUGUCCUCCUGUCCCCAAAUGGGACAGCACCAGGAACCUACCUACACUGAGCUGGGGGGCCCUGCCUCCACGAGUGUGUUGCUUCUGCUUGUAUAUAUGGAUCAGAGGAGUAAAUAAUGGGAAAAGUAAUCAGCAGAUGUGUAAAGAUUUAUGCAGUUGAAAACUUGGAAGAGAAUGUUUCUGGGUACUGGAUUGCCUCGGACCACCACGCGACCCUCUGACCUGCCCGCGGGUGCUGGCCGUGGACCAGUCAGACUUAAGGCAGACCUGCAAUCUGCCUUCCUUGUUAAUUUUGUAAUAAUUGGAGAAAAUAUAUGUCGGCACACAUCUACAGAGCACAAAUGCAGUAUAUAGGUGCUGGAUGUAUGUAAAUAUAUUCAAAUUAUGUAUAAAUAUAUAUUAUAUAUUUACAAGGAAUUAUUUUUUGUAUUGAUUUUAAAUGGAUGUCCCCAUGCACCUAGAAAAUUGGUCUCUCUGUUUUUAAUAGCUAUUUGUUAAAUGCUUUUCUUACACAGAAUUUCUUAAUUUUCACCAAGCAGAGGUGGAAAAAUACUUUUGCUUUCAGGGAAAAUGGUAUAACAUUAAUUUAUUAAUGAAUUGGUAAUAUACAAAACAAUUAAUCAUUUAUAGUUUUUUUGUAAUUUAAGUGGCAUUUCUAUGCAGGCAGCGCAGUGGACUAGUUAAUCUAUUGCUUGGACUUAACUAGUUAUCAGAUCCUAUAAAAAGAGAAAUAUUUACAAUAUAUGACUAAUUUGGGGAAAAUGAAGUUUUAUUUGUGUUUAAACUCUGCUGUCAGAUGAUUGUUCUUAACCCACCUAAAUGCCGAUAUUAAAAGAACCUGUUAAUAGCAAGGUGUUUUGUUUUGGUAUACACUUCUGUCAUUGGGCCAAUGAAACAUUUAACUGGACUUUCCAAGACAAAUGGUACCAGUGUCCUCUUUAAAAGAUGCCUUAAUCCAUUCCUCAAGGACAGACCUUGGUUGAUAUGAUGGCAGAAUGUACUUCUCUCCGGCAGCUGGUCUUCUGCCCCCAAGUUGCACAUUAAUCAGAUUAGCCUGUAUUCUCUACAGUGAAUUUUGAUAAUGGCUUCCAGAUUCUUUGGCAUUGGAGAAGCCUUUUAGGAUCUUCAAGUCCCAUCACAGAAAACUGAAACACAGAGUUGUUCUGCUGAUAGUUUUGGGGAUGCAUCCAUCUUUUUAAGGGAUUACUUCAAUCUAAUUCUGGCAGGACCUCACCAAAAGAUCUGGCCUAAUAACUAUAUCAGACAAAACGUCACCGAAUUGUUCAUUCUGUAUUAAAGUAUUGUAUUUUGCUUUCGAAACAUUCACUCACUUUGCUAUAGCCAUGCAACAUGAGUGCAGAUUACACUGAUUUUACGUGUUAAGAAUUUGGAGAAAAUAUUUAAUAAAGGCUGUUAAUUUUUAUACUGACAA